UUCAUAGCAACAUCUAGCCUACUGUUUGACCAAACAGUUGGGCAAAAGAGCCCAGCCACAUUGACACAUACAAUUGUUCAUCACAGUGGACUCUGGCUUUCAAAUUUCUAAUCAAUGAUUAGUGUCAUCCAGAGUCUAUCCCUGACAUUUAAUCACAUUAUUUUCUGUGUAGAUAAUCAAUAACCAAACAUCUCAGAAUGUGGGAUCCUGAGCUUCAAUCUAAUCCUCAGAUAUUAUCCAUUUCAUUCCAGAGUAUGAAAUUCUACAGGACUUGCUUAGAUUCCUCCCCGAUGAGGGUGUGACCGCUCUCCACCUCUUCUUUUGGAAUUGAUGCUCCUCUUUUGGAAUCUGUUUGGCUAAGGGGCUACAUUCUACCCCAGGCUCUCCACUGAACUGCUGUAAUGGUGGUACAGAUCCUGUGCAAUCCCAGCCCAGAACCAGCAAUGCAAAUUCUUUAGCCUGUCUACAGUUUAAACUCAGACUGGCAGGCUGGAAAGUGCAUAUCAUUCUCUUGCCUUACUUUUCCUUGUCUUAAGCCCCCUCUUUCAAAAUUUUCAAUCAUCAUUCCUUCCGAUCCAGCUGUGGUGCUUUUCAAUAUUUCUUUAAUAUUCAAUAUUUAAUUUAAUUUUCUUCAAUAUUCAGUAUUUCCAGUAAUAGCUGAAUCAACUUUUAUUUAUUUUUUAACGUAUACUUAUUUUUGAGGGAGUGGGGAGGGAGGGGCAGAGAGAAGGAGACAGAGGAUCCAAAGCAGGCUCCGCACUGUGAGCGCAGAGCCUGUUGCAGGGCUAGAACUCACGACAGUGAGAUCAUGACCUGAGCCUAAAUCAAGAAUCGGACGCUUAACCGACUGAGGCAUCCAGACACCCCUGGGUCAACUUUUAAAAAAAAUUCCUGAAAGAAAGCAUUAGGCACUCAGAGUAAGUGUGACCAUCCAUCCAUUUAAUCUCCUCUCUGGUGUUACUUAGUGUUUACUUGGCGCUGAGCAUGAGCCCAGAAAUGUCCCAAGAAAUGUGUGGCUACCGUCCUCAUGGUCUGGAAGCUUGAUACCUAGUUAGGGGACAUGAAACUGAUGCUUCUGGAGAAGCUUACCAAAGAGAAAACAUUUAUCUAGCCAAAUACCUGAGGUUCAUUAUUUUAUAUCAACAACCGGAGGAGUUUAACUAGAAGUUUUAGGCCACAGGUAUGAGCAGUUAGAUCCUAUUAAUUAGCCUAUUAGAAGUGUUUGUUCUUUAAGCUAUGAGACCCCUAACUUAAUUCAAGAAGAAAAGCUGAAGUCAUUUGAAGGCAAAGUGAAAAGAUUAGGACUGUUCCUUCUAUAAGGAAAGAGGAUUAUAGGGAAUAUUUCCUGAAGUCUGUAAAAUCGUAAAGGAGGUAGAUUAUAUAAAACCAAAAUAAUAUAAUAAUUUCAUUGCUAAGUUUGCAAUUAUUGUACACAUUCCAAAACAUAGUGCUGUAUCAUUCUAGACAGAAAUAUAAUUUCACAAAUUCCAUAUUUCUAUUUUAUCAUAUCUUAAUUGAUUAAAAAUACUGUUUAGAAGACUGUGAUUGAGAACAGAUCUAUCUUAAGGCAUUUUCUUUUUUAAACAAAGUGCAAGUAUAUGUUUUACAUAUUUGCUUUUACUUUGGAAAAAAUCUUACUUAGAAAAAUACAACUUGGGUGUAGUACCAUGUGGUGUAAACAACUGAACUAUUUUACUUUUUACUCCUAUGAAUGAGCCAGUAUAUAUUUAUUACUGGAGUUCCAGCUAUAAAAUUCAGGUAAGGGGUUUAAAUAUACCCUAGAGUAUUAUUUAAAAAUAACUUUGUUUCUUUCAAAUAGAAUACCAAACUUGGUCUAUGACAUUUGGGGGAGAAAUUAAAAUAUUAAACUUUUAUUACCUAGUAAACUGAAAAUAAAGUAAAGGUUAAAUAAAUACAAAGCAGAAAAAAUAUAUAUACAAAAUCGCAAGCUCUUGGAGAACAAACAGUCUACUGUUCUGUACUGUGGGAGCUCUAUCAGCAGUAGUAACUAAUUCCACCUCGAGGGCAAUGCUAGUACUCAAAAAUGUAAACAAGUAUGGACUUUGUUUAUACAAAGAAAUAUGCAGCUUGGUUUGUAUUUCUCUCUAGAUAUCAAACAGCUACAUGGAUUGUUUCAACACACCAGUAGAGGCCAGCAAAGAGCUCUUAGAGUUUUCAGAACAGAAUUGGCAUUGAGAUAUGUUUAUUUGAUGUGUUAAAUCCUUUUUAGACUUCUUUACUUACCACAACACUCUCUUAAGUGAAUGAAUUGCAGAGACAGUGGAAUAAAAUAUCUUGUGUGCUCAAACUAUAUUGGGGUAUAGUUUUUCUGUCUAAUCUGCAUAUAUUUUUAAAGGAAUGUUUGCUUAGGCUAUUUCUUGGCAGAGUUGUAAUAGUCAAAAUAUAAAUGGCAUCAUUUAAAGACUGUACUACUUGGCUGGAAAAGGCCUUAAAAUUACAGGAGAAAAUGCUUGGUGACAGCUUCUCUUAAACCUUUCUUUCUCAGACCUAUGCUCAAUUUUUCAAUAGUAUUACUAGGCUAAUUCUGUAUUGCUCUCCUUAAGCUUUCACUUUUUAUAAGUAGGGUUUUGGAAGCUAAAAUACUUAUCUAUUUGAUUUAAUGCUAGAGUUUUAAUUCAGAACCUCAAAGUUUUAGUAUUUCCAAAUUUAUACAACUGUUUGAAUUUACUCAUUAAAAAAAACUAACAGAAUAUAUGCCUUUCUACAUCAACUGACUUGAUGAGAUUCCCUACUCUGGCUACUAUUUGGAAAUUCAAUCCUUGAUUUGAUACUCAAUUACAUGGGGUUUCAUUCCUACCAACUUCCUGUAAUUCUAUCCUUAUGGGUAAAAAUAUUAGUGGUCAAACUCUGCUGGAGAAAGUAUAGGCACUGUGAUUCACAUAGUUAAAUGUUCAUUUAGUAGAGCUGGAGUGAAAAAAUACUGUUUCAACUUGAAAUGCUAGAAGAUUGUUGUUCUUGUGUUACUCAUUCAUGCAAAUUGGAGAAGGUAUAAUUGAAACAAGGUUGGCAGUGUUUGAGGCAGUGUGCUGCAGCUGAGCUCAGCUUAAAGGUCGCUGGAAAUCAAGUGCUUUGUAAGUGAAGGCAUUUUGACUACACGCGAUUCAAAAAUAUUUGGAAACGUCAGUCUCGGGAAUGGGUCGUCUUUUUCUUUCUAUGAUAUCUGGUAUCUAAGGUUUUACUUAGGAUAAAGACUACUACUUAAGAGCUCUUUUAGGCACCACAAAUGAUUUUUUCCUUCGAUGCAGUGCAGCUGCUUCUAGCCUGUCUCCCGACAGAGAUCUUUGUUAUGACUUUCAGCCCUUAACAUGUUUGGAAAUGAGAACAAAUGGCACAAAGCUUACGAUUGCACUUUGCAGCCAGAAGAAGCAAUACUUAUCCUUUGUCAGAGACCUCCGGAGAUGAUCUGGAUAACAAUGUUCACAUGUGCUUCAAAAGACCAACACGGAUUUCAACGUCUAACGUUGUUCAAAUGAAGCUGACUCCUAGACAGACUGCACUAGCUCCGUUAAUACAGGAAAACGUUAAGUCUCAGGAAAGAUCAUCUGUUCCUUCACCUGAAAACGUUAAUAAAAAGAGCAGCUGUCUGCAGAUUUCACUACAGCCAACAAGGUACAGUGGAUGUCUUCAGUCUAGCAAUGUCUUAGCUGAUGGUGAUGAUGCUUCAUUUAUGUGUGUCUUGAAGGACAGUAUUUACAACAAUGCUGUGGCUGAUAAUGAACUGAAUGCUGUGAAUGAUGGUAACCAUGUAGGCAGUUCUGCCCUUCGCAGCAGUAGCCUUAGUAACUGUUCCACCAGCGAGAAUGGGUCUUACAGCAGCAAUGGUAGUGAUUAUGGAUCAUGCACAAGUAUCACAAGUGGUGGUUCCUACACAAACAGUAUCAUCAGUGACAGCAGUGGUUAUACUUUUCCACCAACUGAUGAUACUUUUCUUGGUGGAAAUUUAUCUUCCGACAGCACCUCCAACAGAAGUGUGCCAUACAGGAAUACUACUCCCUGUGAAAUUUUUUCAAGAAGUCCAAGUACCGUUCCCUUUGUCCAGGAUGACUUGGAGCACGGACUAGAAAUUAUGAAAUUGCCAGUGAGCAGGAACUCGAAAAUUCCACUAAAACGUUGUUCAUCCUUAGUCAUUUUUCCUAGGAGUCCUUCAAAUACCCCACCAACUUCUCCAACAAGUACAGAUAUUCUUCCGAGCAAAGGAUCCUAUCAAACCUCACACCAGUUUAUAAUUUCUCCUAGUGAAUUUGCCCACAGUGAAGAUGGUCCUGGUGCUAAGGGAUUUCUUUCAACAGCUGUCAAUGGACUUCGGUUAUCUAAAACAAUCUGUACUCCUGGAGAAGUAAGAGACAUACGACCACUUCACAGGAAGGGCUCAUUACAAAAGAAAAUUGUUACUGCAAAUAACAGUCCGAAUCAGACUAUCUGUGAAAAGUCAUCUGAAGGAUAUACUUGCGUUUCGGUGCAUUUCACCCAACAAAAAGCACCUACGUUAGACUGUGAAACAACAAAUGGUGAUUGUAAACCAGAGAUGUCAGAAAUUAAGCUUAAUUCUGAUUCAGAGUGCAGUAAGCUUAUGCAUAGGACAUCUGCACGUUUACCAUCCUCCCAAAAUGUAGAUUACCAAAUAAAUAUCAAUGGACAGUUGGAAAGACCAAAUUUACAGAUCAACAAAAAUCAUGCUGUUUUACAAAGAAGUAUUUCAUUGGGAGGAACUUAUCCAAAUGUUUCCUGUUUAUCCCGCCUUAAGCACAAUUGUUCUACGGGGGGACCAUCGCAAUUACUCAUAAAGUUUGCAGCUGGAAAUGAAGAUAAAGUUGAUAAUUUAUCAAGAGACAGUAACAGAGAUUUCACAAAUAAACUAUCUAAUUCUUUAAAGCAUUCUUGUCAGACAAGAGAUGAUUUCCUAGGUCAAGUGGAUGUUCCUCUUUAUCCAUUACCGACAGAAAAUCCAAGAAUGGAGAGACCAUAUACGUUUAAGGAUUUUGUUCUUCACCCAAGAAGUCACAAAUCAAGAGUUAAAGGUUAUCUGAGAUUAAAAAUGACUUAUUUACCUAAAACCAGUGGCUCAGAAGAAGAUAAUACAGAACAGACUGAAGAAUUAGAGCCUGGCUGGGUUGUUUUGGACCAACCGGAUGCUGCUUGCCAUUUGCAGCAACAGCAAGAACCUUCUCCUCUACCUCCAGGAUGGGAAGAGAGGCAGGAUAUUCUUGGAAGGACCUACUAUGUAAACCAUGAAUCUAGAAGAACACAGUGGAAAAGACCAACCCCUCAGGACAGCCUAACGGAUGCUGAGAAUGGUAAUAUUCAACUGCAAGCACAACGUGCAUUUACCACAAGGCGGCAAAUAUCUGAGGAGACAGAAAGUGUUGAUAAUCGAGACUCUUCCGAGAACUGGGAAAUUAUAAGAGAAGAUGAAGCCACCAUGGAUAGCAAUCGGGCCUUCCCAUCACCUCCGGCAUCAAAUAACUUGGAUGUUCAAACUCAUCUUGCAGAAGAAUUGAAUGCCAGACUCACUAUGUGUAGAAAUUCAGCCACCGGACAGCCAGUAUCCAGCUCAAAUCAUUCCAGCAGAAGAGGCAGCUUACAAGCCUAUACUUUUGAGGAGCAGCCUACACUUCCUGUGCUUUUGCCUACUUCAUCUGGAUUACCACCAGGUUGGGAAGAAAAACAAGAUGAAAGAGGAAGAUCAUAUUACGUAGAUCACAAUUCCAGAACUACUACCUGGACAAAGCCCACUGCACAGGCCGCCGUGGAGACAGGUCAGCUGCAGCCCGGCCAGGGUGCCACACGCCCUCAACCACAGGUCCUCCCGAGUGAUUCAGCACAGCAGGUGACCCAGCCAGCUGAAAUGGAGCAAGGAUUCCUUCCUAAAGGCUGGGAAGUCCGGCAUGCACCAAAUGGGAGGCCUUUCUUUAUCGACCACAACACGAAAACCACUACCUGGGAAGAUCCAAGACUGAAAAUUCCAGCUCAUCUGAGAGGAAAGACAUCACUUGAUUCUUCCAAUGAUCUGGGGCCUUUACCUCCAGGAUGGGAAGAAAGAACUCAUACAGAUGGAAGAAUCUUCUAUAUUAAUCACAAUAUAAAAAGAACACAAUGGGAAGAUCCCCGGUUGCAGAAUGUAGCAAUAACUGGACCAGCAGUGCCCUACUCCAGGGAUUACAAAAGAAAGUAUGAGUUCUUCCGAAGAAAGUUGAAGAAGCAGAAUGACAUUCCAAACAAAUUUGAAAUGAAACUUCGCCGUGCAACUGUCCUUGAGGACUCUUACCGGAGAAUUAUGGGUGUCAAGAGAGCAGAUUUUCUCAAGGCUAGACUGUGGAUUGAGUUCGAUGGUGAAAAGGGAUUAGAUUAUGGAGGAGUGGCCAGAGAAUGGUUCUUCUUGAUCUCAAAGGAAAUGUUUAACCCUUAUUAUGGGUUGUUUGAAUAUUCUGCUACGGAUAAUUAUACCCUGCAGAUAAAUCCAAACUCUGGAUUGUGUAAUGAGGAUCACCUCUCUUACUUCAAGUUUAUUGGCCGGGUAGCGGGAAUGGCAGUUUAUCAUGGCAAACUGUUGGAUGGUUUUUUCAUCCGCCCAUUUUACAAGAUGAUGCUACACAAACCAAUAACACUUCAUGAUAUGGAAUCAGUGGAUAGUGAGUAUUACAAUUCACUAAGAUGGAUUCUUGAAAAUGAUCCAACAGAACUGGACCUCAGGUUUGUCAUAGAUGAAGAACUUUUUGGACAGACACAUCAACAUGAGUUGAAAAUUGGUGGAUCCGAAAUUGUUGUCACCAACAAGAACAAAAAGGAAUAUAUUUAUCUUGUAAUACAGUGGCGAUUUGUAAACCGAAUCCAGAAGCAAAUGGCUGCUUUUAAAGAGGGAUUUUUUGAACUAAUACCACAGGAUCUCAUCAAAAUUUUCGAUGAAAACGAACUAGAGCUUCUUAUGUGUGGAUUGGGAGAUGUCGAUGUGAAUGACUGGAGAGAACACACAAAGUAUAAAAAUGGCUACAGUAUGAACCAUCAAGUGAUACAGUGGUUUUGGAAGGCUGUUCUAAUGAUGGAUUCAGAGAAAAGAAUCCGAUUACUCCAGUUUGUCACUGGCACAUCUCGUGUGCCUAUGAAUGGGUUUGCGGAACUAUAUGGCUCAAAUGGACCACAGUCAUUUACAGUUGAACAGUGGGGUACCCCUGAAAAGCUGCCAAGAGCCCAUACAUGCUUUAAUCGCUUGGACUUGCCACCCUAUGAAUCAUUUGAAGAAUUAUGGGAUAAACUUCAGAUGGCAAUUGAGAACACUCAGGGUUUUGAUGGUGUUGAUUAGAUUCCAAAUAACAAUCUGGAGUGUUUCACUGCCUCUUUUGUAUAAGCAAAAUCUUGACUUAUGGUUUUCCAGGGAACUACUAAACCUGGGCCAUUGUUUCUUCCCAGAGAGGGGGGAAAAAUCAUAUAAAAGCAUACGAAAAAAUAGUAUGACAGCCUUACCAUUAUUUCAUUCACUCUUAAAUAAUGUGUUGCAUUUACACAGCUGUUUCUCUCUGUCUUUAGAGUUCACACUCUAGGAUAUAAGUCCUGUGUGCCUGAAAUAGUGAGUUCUGUCCUUAACAUUUACCUCUUUUACAGUAUUGGCCAGGCAGUUGUUUCUUAAACUACUGAAAUGAUAACUGUGAAAUAUUUGUGAUAAGUGUCAUGUGUGAAAAGUGUGAUGCUUUUUGAGAAGGAAAACUGAAAUUUGGAAAAGAACACUUUACAAUGGAGUAAACUGCAAUAUACUUAGUGCUGCCUGCAGCUCUUUAUUAUUUUGUAGACCUUCCUGCCGCACCUUAGCACCCAGAUUUUUGGAAAACCCUUGGGAAGUGUGUUACCUAUACUUUUAGUCAACUGACUCACUUGCAAAAAACAAAAAAUGUUUGCUUCUUUAUUUUAAAAGUAUUUGGCUUUUGUUAACAUGUAGCUUUACUAAACAAGGUGGUUUGUAAGAUACGUGAAGCAAGUUCAAAUUUGCAGAACGUGAAGAGUAUUAACUCCGUCGCCUUGCCUGUAUAUCCUCAUGGUUCAUCAGCAUGGUCAUCACUCCUUCGCGUUUAAGGGAAAAGAAUUCCUUCUUCGAACAUUAAACGAAAGCUCCACAGAGCAGUAUUUCUAAGUAUGCCUUGAAGAACUAAGUUAAGUGUAUAGUACUUUUCUAGUCAUUCUUUACACUUGCACAAUUACGUAGUAAAUCUAUGUUUACAGGGUUUAUUAUGUUUACAGACUAAGCUAAUUUCUAUAGUUGCAUUUUUAUAUUUUUAGUAUUUCACUUUAGUCAAAAAACCAAAUAAUUUGUUAAAAAUAACCAAAGAAUAGUCAUGAUGCACAAUUUGUAUUAAAUUUAUUACCAUAUUUCUUAUGCUUUUUAAAAAUACUGUUUACUAUGAAAAUGAUAACGUUUUGCUCUAAAUGCAAAACUCUUUAGGAAAAAUGCUACAAGUAGGAUCCUACUUUAACCAAAUUGAAGUACGUAGACAUCACGUGCAUGCAUUCAACAAAUGUGUUACUGCAUGCCUGCUGUGUGCUUGGCACUGUGCCGGGCCCUGGGGGUCAGGGCCGAGACCUUCAAAGAUAUCUAGCUCAGUCCUCACCUCAAGGAACUUAUAGAUGUGUAAAUGAAUUUUUAAACAAUCAAAAGAGGGGUGAGAAGCAAAAGGCAAAAGGGAAAGUGUCCCAGGGCACCUGCAAAGAUAAAGUGUGCCAAGACUGUAUUUAUAUGUUUCAUACGUAUAUUAGAAAGAUUAUACAGAAAGUGCUCUUGCAGAAAGUUCAACCCAUUUCUCAAUAUGGUGUCUUGGUCAUUUAGGAAUAAUUGUAAAUAUAUGUUAUGAGUCUUCUUAAAUACAUAUAUAUACUCCAAGAGUUGUAAAAGAGUGCUGCUGGUAUUGGUUUCAGUUGGACAACACAAUAGGUACAAGUGUGACAGUAGCCAACCCACUUGCCAAAUGCCUCUAGAUCAGUGCACCCUGCGUUUUGUCUUCACCUGAGUUAACCAGCAUUCAGGCAAGACUACCAGAUAUCAUGCGAGUUUUAUCACUUAACAACUGUUUAAACUGAAGCAACUUACUUAACGUCUCUGGGCUCCUGUUCUUUCAUCCGUCAAAGGAGAACAAUCACACCCACCCUCAUUGCCAUGGAAGACUGUUGUCAGUUCCAGAGAGCUGUUUUGUAAAGUCUGAUACAAUCAGAAGAUGCUUUGUGCUUUGUGCUGACCAUCAGAUUUUGUCAAAUCAGGUGUGCGCACACUAGCUACACUCCCAAAGAAGAACCUCUUCAUUUAAAAAUAAAAUGUCUGCUAAUAAACAAAGAAGUAGGAACAUCUCUGAUAGUGUGUGUAUAUAUGUUUAUCUGUACAUGGAUCUUACCAUCAGAAUUCAUUUUCUCCACAUCAGCAAAAUAAUAUUAAUAUGGGCCAAUGCAUUUUGAAAUGUCCUCCUUAUAGAGACCUUAAUGUGAAAACUAUUUUUGUUAAAACAGGAUUUUACCACAUGGUUGUUUAAAUAUCAUUUCUGUGAACUAUCAUAGCAGAUAGGAGCUUGAGAAAAUACAAAGCGUGCUUUUCAUCUGACUGAUAAUUCACUUGGAUGAUCCUGUAACUCCCAUAAAGUGUUAAUGACUCCCAAGGUGUCAAUGAGACCAGACACUCCACCAGCUCCCAGCCACAGACCGUCUUCCCUUUCGUCUCCAGGUGUGGAUUGAUGGUCUGGAAGGACCUUGUAUCAAGUGACACAGCCUCUCAUCCCAGAAAGAAAAGUGUCUCAAAUGCAAUCUACAGCUGGAGAGUAAAUAGGGUCAUUUUCAUAAAGCAAGGAUGUUCUAUUUUUCUAGAAAUUAUAAGCACAUAAUGUUAGCCUAUAUUUUCUCUGUAAUCAAACUUUAACAUAGACAUAAAAUUGUAAUACAAAUGCGUUUCAUCCUAACUCAAAUUUAAAAUGGUAUUUGUUUUCAUUUUUUGAUUUAUAAUGCUGAAAUUAUUCCACAUAAUUAUCAAGUUAAACACAAUUCGUUUUGAUUAUAAGCCAUUUAACGUUGUUUUAAAAAUUCUUCUCAUAUGGUAAAUAUAUAUCAAGAUUAAUGUAUCAAAUUUAUUGCAUAAAGUAUAAAAUCAUUUUUAAAAAUCUUGAUGCCACAAAUAAAGUUCUAUUCUAAUAAAAACAAAAACUGUGAUUCAUUCUUAAA